UGUUUAUGUUUUCUUACGCCUAAUUUAAUGUAGAGUUAAGAAUUAAAUGAAUAAGUAUAGUGUAGAACAACCAUUGUUUUACAAUUAUGAUCACAUAAGUUGUUUAGUAGUUAAUUCUUACUUCAAAAAUCUUACGUUCAUACAUGGAGACCAAUUUUUCGGAGGUUGAACACAGAGCUAUAGAAUACUUAAAUCAUAAACAAUGGAGCAAUGCGUUCCUCUGUUUCGAUCAACUAUUACAAAAUGCUAUUGCGAAAAGCCUUCCAUCCGAACGUCUUAUUGGUUACCUACUAGGACGUUCUCAGUGCAGUUUGGAAUUAAAAAAGUUUGAAGAUGUUGUAUAUGAUUCCCGGCAUAUUAUAUCAAUGUUAACCAAUGAAGAUAAUGCUUAUAGUUCUCGUGUUCGGCGUAACUUAGUAAAUGCGCUAUACUCUCUAAAAAGAUAUUCUGAAGCAGAACAGGCAGCUUUAGAAUGGAUAAUACGAUCAGAAAACAAUAGUGAAGCUAAGAAAAUGUUAGAAACGGUUCGAUUAGUGUGGAGCAUGUCUAAAGAUAAUAUAACAACCUCAGUACAACCAUUAGAAGAUCAAUUAAAUCAAAUUAAUGAAGACUUAUUAUUUGGUGAUAGACUAGAUUCCUGGAUUGCAACCGGUGUUGGGGAGCAAAGUAGAAGGAAUAGAAAACAUCCAGUUGAACUAGUGGAUGAUGAGAAAUUGAUUGGUCAAACCAUGAACAAUGAAAGUAUAGGAGUACAUAAUUUUGAUAGUAACACUCGACUUUAUGACAGAUACAAUGGUGCUGAUCAUGCAAUUGGUAUAAUAUGUCCCAGUGUUUUUAACCAUAAUGGUGAUACUUAUGAUUUUUCUACUUAUAAUACAAAAUCUACAAAAGUAUUCGAAGAAUCAAAAAAGCCAACAGAUUUAAAAUUUCCAAAAAAAACAGAUAUGAGAUAUUCUUGUACAUAUUGUGGGAUAUCAUUUCAUUUAGAUAAUCAAUUGAGAGCUCACUGUGCAACUGAAAGUCAUCAAACAGUAAUCAUGUCAGAUGAAGGUCGAGACUGGAAAUGGAGACCUCCACCUCGAGGUUUUUCAUCUGAAUGUUACACUUUGUGCGAAGCAUUUGCUGAAAGUGAAGGUGCAGAAGGCUCGUGCAAAUAUGGUGCUCAGUGUGUAGAAGCUCAUGGCUUAGAAGAGUUAGCUGAAUGGAAAGAAAGAUUUGAGUAUAGAAAAAUGAAAUUACAACGUGCUAGUGAAAAUAAAUUAUAUGGAAAAUCAUAUACCGAACAAUUAUUAGAAAGAUGGGUGCAAUCAACAAAUCCAGAAAAAAUUAUGAGAGAAAGUUUGGAUUGUGUUGUUGAAACACAUGAUUGUGAUCUAGUCACCACAGUUGAAUCAAAAACAAGUAGUCGUAAGUGGACAUUUGUUUUAGAAACUAUAUCACCACUUCAAGCUGUAGCAUUACUACAAGACACAUAUCGUAACCAUUUUUCACUAAAACAUAUUUUGGUUGAUAAUGGAUUGCAACAAAUAGCCUUUGACAUGGAGCCUCCAAAUGAUCAAGAAUGGGUCUCACAGGCCCAACACCCUGUCUCACAAUCAAUGUCUUCCAAACUUAGACAUCAAAUCAAAGUCAACUUUACAACAAAUAUUUAUGGUACCUUUAGGCAGGCUGUUGUAUUUGAUUUUGGUCUUGGGCCUGUUUUAGUGAAGCAUCUUUGUGUUGAUGUAAUUCCUGUAACAGACUGUGGCAAAGUAAAAGAAAUUCACCGAGAGUUAGUGUUAUCAUCAAUGGAACGUUGGAAUGUAUCUAAUUCAAAUAUUGUGGAAUUCAGUUCUUCAAUUGGUCCUGUACAAUUUCAAGAAGACAAAGAUAGAGAACAAACAUUGUUAUUAAGUUACCCAGCACCUUGUCCAUCCACCUUUUCUCUAACACAUACCACUAUUUCAGAAAAAAAACUUACUAGGAAUAAUUAUAGAGCCCGAAUACAUGAAUUAUUAUUUGUUGAAGAAUUAGCUCGCUAUGAACAGGUGGCAAGGUAUAAUUUAUCUGCAAAAUUACAGCUAGCUAGUUGUUAUCUUCUAUCUCCUAGUGGUGUUGCAGCUAGCACUGCUAAAUAUUCUCAUAAUAAUGAACUUUUUGCUUUGUUACAACUUGGAACUGAUGUGUCUGAAGACACAUCUGCUGGUCGAUUAAUUUUAAAUAACUGUGCUACAGUAUAUUUAUCACCAUAUAGAGAUUCUAAAUUAUUAAAUAACAAUGAAAAGCGUACUGUUCAUGAAGCUCUGAUUGAAGAUAAAGGAAAAAAUGUUAUAUAUCUUAGAUUAUCAGCUCACACAGUUACUAAUCUUGGUCUUAAAGCUGACACAAGUAUAAAAUUUGAUGUACAAUUUCAGCUCAAUAGAAUACCUUAUUGUGAAUGGCAUUAUGCAAUUGAUCAUAUUGCUGAUUUUAAAAUAAUAUUCCCUGACACUUUUUUGGAACCUAUCAUUCCAUGGAGUCCUAAACGUCAAUGGGUAGAUAUUAUUGAUAAAAAAUUAAAUGUAAAACAAAGAGAAGCUGUUAUUGCUAUCACGACUCCAAUAAAUGUUAAUUUACCCCCAAUAUUAAUAAUUGGUCCAUUUGGUACAGGAAAAACAUAUACUUUAGCUCAAGCAAUUAAGCAAACACUAUUACAAGAUAACACUAGAAUUUUGGUGUGCACACAUUCAAAUAGUGCUGCAGAUUUAUAUAUAAAAGAUUAUUUGCAUCCAUAUGUUGAAGAAGGACAUACAGAAGCUAAGCCUCUAAGAAUAUAUUAUCACAAGCGAUGGGUAUCUACAGUUCACAGUACAGUUCAAAAGUACUGUAUUUUGGAUCAAAAUGGAUCAUUUAGACUACCAAAUCUUAAGGAAAUUUUAGAUUAUCGUGUGAUAGUAGUUACGUUAAGUAUUUCAAUGUUUCUGUCAUCUGUUGGUUUGGAAAAAGGACACUUUACUCAUAUACUUCUGGAUGAAGCUGCACAAGCAAUGGAAUGUGAAGCAAUAAUGCCAUUAGCUUUGGCUAACACAGAUACACGUAUUGUUUUAGCAGGUGAUCACAUGCAGCUAAGUCCAGAAAUAUUUUCAAAGUUUGCUAAAGAACGUAAUUUGCAUGUAUCUCUCUUGGAGAGAUUAUAUGACCAUUAUCCUGGAUUAUUUGCUUGUAAAAUACUACUUUGUGAAAAUUACAGGGCACAUGAAGCUAUAAUACAUUUUACAUCAGAGCUAUUUUAUGAACAAAAAUUAGUAAGUAAAGGUAACCAGCCUCAACAUGACACUUUAUACCCUUUGACUUUUUUCACCACUCGUGGGGAAGACAUCCAAGAUAGUAAUUCAACUGCGUUUUAUAAUAAUGCUGAAGUGUAUGAAGUUGUUGAACGUGUAUCUGAACUUAGAAAAAAUUGGCCCACAGCGUGGGGAUCAUUUGAUGAACAUUCCAUUGGUAUAAUGACUCCAUAUUCAGAUCAAGUAUUUAGGAUAAGAUCAGAAUUACGCAAACGACGUAUGGGUGGUAUUUCUGUUGAAAGAGUUUUAAAUGUUCAGGGUAAACAAUUUAGAGCGAUAUUUCUUAGUACUGUGCGCACAAGAAGAACAUGUGUGUCAAAUAAUAUUAGUGGUGGUGAAAAAGCAAGCAAUGGUUUAAACAAACUAGGAAUGGAUGAUAUGGACUAUGGAUUUCUAUCAAAUUCAAAAUUGCUUAACACUGCUAUAACUCGAGCACAAAGUCUUGUAGCUGUUGUUGGUGAUCCUGUAGCUCUUUGUUCCAUUGGGCGGUGUAGAAAAGUUUGGGAACGGUUCAUUCAAAUAUGUGAAGAAAAUAAUAGCCUUAAUGGUAUUACCUGGAUGCAUUUACGAAAUCUACUUGAUAACCUUGAAUUAAAAAAGACUUAUGUUCUGAACCCAUUGGCACCAGAGUUUAUACCAAGGCGUUAUCAACAAGAGUCUUACAUUAAAAUUCCACAAUCCUUAGCAACAUUUAAUGCAGCUAUCCCUCCUCCACCCUUGCAAUUUACUCAACCACCACCUUUAUACUCUUCACCAAUAUUUCCAUUUCCAGUUUAUAUACCAUCUAUUACCCAACCUCCUCCUCCACCUCCUCCUACAUUUAUAUCUUUGCGCCAACCAAUCAUUAAUCCCAAUCAAAUAUGGCCUGUUGGGCCAUUAGCAAACUCUCAAAACCUAUUUCAAAGACCACUGUUACAACAACAAGGACAAAAAUCAACUGAUGAAGAAAUACGCCCUCCACCGGGUAUUGUAUCUUCAAGAAAUCCAUCGGGAUUGGUCCAUUUAGUUCAAAAUGGUCAUACUGAUCUUCAGUUUGUCCAAAAUUCAGGAGUUACACCCGUAAACCUUCCUUCUCCUAAUAUGAUGUCUAAUAUAGUAUCAAAUAGUAAUUUAAUUGGACUUCAAGAUCAAUUUAAUAAAAUUAAUGUGUCUACAUCAUCACAACCUUUUCCAAUACAACAUCCAUCUGUUAUUCAACCAUUUAAUGUUAGAACAGUUUUAAAUGUUAACAAUCAACAUGCUGAAGGUAUUACAGUGCAACAGCAACAGCAACUUCAGACACAAACUCAACGUAAUAGUGAUCGAUCUAUACUUGAAAGUAUGUUACCACAUAAUAUAAGCAUUGAAGAAAUGGCCAACUCCCAAACAAAACAAUUAGAAUGGCUAAAAUUUUUAACAGAUAAUGGUGGAGCUUUAAUGGGACAAACAUUUAUUGAACUAUUGCGAUCACAAACAUUAUAUAAAAAACCUGUUAUUCAACAACAGUCUAAUGUACCUCUUCAAAUGAAUAUUCCACCACCAGAAAUAAAUAAUAGAGUUCCCGAAGAUAUAUUAAAUAUUUUUAUUCAACAGCAGCAGCAGCAGCAACAACAGCAUCAACUUCAACAACAACAACAACAACAACAGCAACAUCUUCAGCAACAAACACAGAAACAACAAAUAAAUAUUAACGGAUUUGGAAACCAAAAUUUAAUGAAUCAAUCACUUGAUGGGAAUGGAACAUCUGAUGAUGUUUACAAAUCAUUAGCAAAUCAAUUUGCUUUUAAUCAACUACAAUUAGUCGGUAUUGAUCAGAUCGAUCGUACACCAUUGUAUAAACGACAGGCUCAGCAACAACCAAAUGGCAAUGUCAUCUUGCCUUUCAAUGGUGAUCAACAGCCAAUAUCACCACAAUAUCAGGAGAGCUUGUUAUCUUAUACAGAUGCUUGUAGACAAUCUCCCAUGGCUGAUGAACAAAAUAAGAUUUCUAUUGACGGUCAAUAUAAUAAUGAUGCAUCAAGUAACAAUGGACUUUAUAACUUCUUUAACUAAUUAUUUUUAACAGUUGUAAAUAAAAUAUCUUAUGUGAUAAUUUUGUUUAAACACAUUAGUAAGUCACAUAAAAAUUACAG